UGUUCAGAUCAAGACAACUUCAGGUUGGUGGGAGAGGCCAGCCGAUGUGCUGGGAGACUGGAGAUGAAACAUGAAGAAGAGUGGAGACCAGUGGAUGUUUGGGAUCAUAACUGGACCAUGAACUCAGUUGCUGCAUUUUGUGCUGAACUGGACUGUGGUUCUGCUGUUUCAGCAAGAAAUUCAAAGGAAGCUUCAUUGAGACCAGUUUGGUGGAUCUGGUCUAAUUGUUUCCAGUCAGGAUCUGCAUUAAAGAAAUGUGUACCUGAUGAUGGAAACAGUGAUCAGAGCCAUGAGUUCAUCUGCUCAGGUCUGCUGGUUGAGCCGCUCAUCUUCCUCUCUUCCUCCACUGACGGGGUUUCCACAGGCAGAAAGCAGGGGUCUGAGCUCCUCAUUGGAUCAAGUUUCGGCAUCAUGUGCUCCAUCAGACCUCAGUAUGAAGGCGGCUCCUUCCAGCUCAUCUUCAGCACCUCUAACUACACUCAGAACCACACCCUGCCAGCUGUUAAUCACUCCGCCCUCUUCCUGUUCUCUGCUGCUGGCCACGCCCACCAAGGAACCUACCACUGCGUUUACCACGUCUACGUUUUCUCCUAUAACUUCUCCUCUAUGAGCCAGCCUCUCAACCUCACUGUCUCAGUUUCAGCCUAUCUCACUGCUUUGAUCAUCAGACUGGUUGUCGUCCUGCUGGGUUUGCUGGGAUCAGUCCUGGUCCUCUACUUUAAGGCCAGGAGAAACCAGAAGUCUGGACCAGAAAACAACCAUCAUGAUGAAGGAUCCAGAGCUGAAGGCAGCUUAGAGGAGGAGACUGCAGUCUGAAGGAACCAGGAGAAAAUGAUCUUCAUUUCACAUCCACAGGAAGGAGCAGAGAGAUGUUUCAGACUCCUGGAAAUCUAUUUGUCUAUGUAUCUAUGAUAAAAUGUCUCUGUUCUCCUGCAGCAGGAAGGAAGUUCAACAUUCAGAAAUUUGUAUCUGGACUAAACCUACUUAAGUAAAACUUAUAUAAGAAGGGAACACAAAGCAUGCAACAAACAAAAUAUAACAGAAAACCCACUUCAUCAAAAUCUGAUCUUCAUCAACCUUGCAAGGAUAGCAUAUUAUGGGAUAUUUGGGGUGAAAGGUCAGGUAGCCAAUUCCAUUCGGGUCCUGAACCCAGCUUGUGUCCUUGUCUUAGUUGGGGUCAUGAAUUGUUGUGUGACAAAUGUAAUAUAGUUGAUCCUGGCUUGUAAUACUUUGUCCUGCCUGUAGGUGGUGUAUGUCUUCACUGCCAUGAUAACCCAUCCAAUAUAUCCAGUUCCCACAAAUCUGAACCAGAUGUGAUCCAUCUUAGUAGGGAAGUGCAUGCACAAUGCAUAGUGGACCCAAGGCUUCGAGACCAACAAGAAAACAUGAAGACACUCUUGACCAAUGUGUGUGAGAGAUACAUGAACAAAAUGGCUACCGUCGAUAUUGGCCCGAAUGAGACGGAGAAGGAAAAUUUAUCAGACGAUGUGGACAAGCUGCCUCCGAUCUCCUACUACGAUAAAGUUAACUAUGUAGUCAACACAAACGCCAUAAACGAGCUUCACUGCUUGAAAUUUAUGGACGCAUAUAAUUAGUAUUUCAACAGCUUUGUUAAGGAGAUACGAAGUCUGUGUGAAUAAUGAGGUUC